AUGGCCACCUCCACCAUGUCCGUCUGCUCUGAUGCUCCCACCAACUCCUCCUGGCAGGUGGAUGACUGCCCAGAGAGCUGCUGUGAGCCCUGCUGCUGUGCCCCCAGCUGCUGCUGUGCCCCCAGCUGCUGCCAACCCAGCUGCUGUGUCCCCAGCUGCUGUGUCCCCAGCUGUUACCAGCCAAGCUGCUGCCAGCCAAGCUGCUGCCAGACAAGCUGUUGCCAGCCAAGUUGCUGUGCCCCAGCUCCCUGCCUGACCCUCAUCUGCACCCCAGUGAGCUGUGUGUCCAGUCCCUGCUGCCAAUCUUCCUGCUGCACACCCUCAUGCUGCCAGCAGUCUAGCUGCCAGCCAGCUUGCUGCACCUGCUCCCCCUGCCAGCAGCCCUGCUGUGUGACCCUUUGCUGCAAGCCUGUCUGCUGCACACCCAUCUGCUCUGGACCAUGCUGCCAGCAGUCUAGCUGCCAGUCCUCAUGCUGUCCAUCCCCCUGCUGUGUGCCUGUCUGCUGCAAGCCUGUCUGCUGCACACCCAUCUGCUCUGGCGGCUCCUCCUCCUGCUGCCAGCCCUCCUGCUGUGCUCCUGUGUGCUGCAAGCCCUGCUCCAGCCUGUCCCUGCUGUGUCGCCCUGUGUGCAGACCUGCCUGCUGUGUGCCCACCUCCUCCUGCUGUGCCUCCUCCUGCCAGCCCAGCUGCUGCCGCCCAACCUCCAGUGUGUCCCUGCUGUGCCGCCCUGCCUGCUCCAGACAGGCCUGCUGUGGACAGAAGUCCAGCUGCUGA